CUCUCUGAGUGAACACAAACCAUCAACUCCGUUGUCAUCUGAUCGUUAAGCACCGUCAUCCCGGGGAAACAUGUCAGACCGGUGAGGCGGUUUGCGUGUGUGUGUCCGUCUCUCGGUGAGGUUAGAGAGAGCCGCGGCGGUGUUUGAAGGGACCGGAGGCGAUGGCGCCGGUUCCUCGGAUGGAGCUGGUCGGUAAACGGUUUGUGUGUGUGGGUGACAGCGGCCGCGAGCUGGACGUGUCCAGAAUCCAUGAAUGGCACUGGCGAGCCGGGGUGAUCAGAGCCGUCUCCUACAGAGAGUCUUCCAACAGAGAGCUGUCGGUAUAUGUGGAAUUCGAUGAUCUAGAAUGGGAAAAACGUGAGUGGGUUAAAGUUUAUGAAGAUUUUAAGAUUUUUUUGGUGGAACACCAGCUGGUCUGGGCAGAGAGAAAGAACCCCAACCAGACUCAGGGAUCAAAAAGUAAGCAGGUUCAGUGGCCUGCUUUGACAUUCAAGUCUGUAGUGGGAAAGGCUGUGCUUCAUUUAUUAAUUGCAAUAGAAUUCUUUGUGGAUAAACAACUGAAUUUUAUACCUGGGGAUAGUGCCUUCCAGCUCUACCAGGACGACAUAGACAGCCUGAGCCCAGUUCUCAGGGACAACCCUCCACUUCAUGAAGAGGUGAAAGCCUGGGUUAAAGAACAAAAAGUUCAGGAGAUUUUUAUGCAAGGUCCCUAUUCAUUGAACGGCUAUAGAGUACGAGUGUACAGGCAAGAUUCUGCCACCCAGUGGUUCACUGGUAUCAUUACUUACCACGAUCUUUUAAGUCGCACUAUGAUCGUUAUGAAUGACCAGGUGCUAGAACCACAGAAUGUUGAUCCAUCUAUGGUACAAAUGACUUUUUUGGAUGAUGUUGUUCAUUCUCUGCUGAAAGGUGAAAACAUAGGCAUUACAUCAAGGCGAAGAUCUCGUUCCAGUCAGAAUAAUCCAGCAAUUCAUGGUCAUUAUACACGUGCACAAGCCAAUAGUCCCCGACCGAUGAUGAAUUCCCAGACCACAUCGGGAAAGCAGAAUCAGCAUCAGCAAAAAAUCAUUCGUUCAAACAAAAGGAAAGAAUCUGAUAGCAGUAUACCAGAUGAAGAUAAGAUAAAGGAGGAGAAAUGUGAGAAUCCUGUAAAAGAAGAAUCUUCAAAGAACAAAAUAAAGCAGUCUGUUAAUAAAAGGAGAAAGCAAGAAGAGGGUGAAAAGCAAGUGACUUUGGAAACGCUGAAAACAGUUUCUAACUCUGAUACUGAAAGCAGUGAGUCUGAAAACUCUAGUAAUAAAGUCAUUUUGGAUUCUUCCUCUGAGCAAAGUUCAGAAAAAGAACUGGAAAAUAAAAUCAUUUCUGAUAACACUAAAGAUGAAGGCAAGUCCCAGGAUGACACAGGAACAGAGGAACAGAUGGAAAUUGAUUGGUCAUCUCCCUGUGAUGAAAGGCAGGAGGUAAUGACUGACAAUGGAAUACAGAAGCCAGAACAUGCUGAUACGCAAAUUGACCCCCAAAGUAUAGAGUUUGGUCGACAACAGAGUAUAAAAUUGCAAGAAGUGAGUCCAAGGUGCACUGUAAAAGUAAAAACAACCAGUGAAUCUUUGUCUUUGGAAUCUUCAUCAGAAACCACACAAAAACCAUCUGUACAGAACUCUGUAUCUGAUGUCAGUAAUGGAACUUUACCAGACAAUCUGCUUAACAAAACUGUCAACAUCCCUCCUCAUGGCCUUACAUCUCAGAACUUGGAAACAAACCUCAGUACUCCAAUGCAUCUGAUUGUGAACAAACGUACUUCAGACUUUCAGAAAUCAGCAGCAGAGCUGCAUCUGAAUAAUAAAAUUAUCUCUGAAGACAAAUCUGAAGCUCAUGCAUUCUCAACUGUUAAGGAAACCAAUAAUAGAUCAGAAAAGGAAAAAUCUGCUAAUUCCUCAGGACAAGAACCCACUGCUUCUUACAAAAACAAACCAAAUAAAACGAACACUUUACCUGAUACUCUGAAGCCUAAAGUCGCUUAUCCUUGCAACCCAGCUGCUUGUAUCACCAAGCCAACAACAAGAUGUAAAAAUGACUCAAGAUCCAGCCUCCAACUUGUGGGCUCAAAGACUGUUAUGGAAACUACAAAAAGCCCUUUAAUUGUUGAUAAGAAUGAACGCUUUACAGUUUACAGGGAUCCAGCCUUGGUUGGACAUGACACAGGGGCUAAACCUUUGUCUCCAUAUUUGCACCCACAUCUUCAUCCUCUUCAUACCUCAUCGCAUUCAUCUUCCUUGACCACAAAUAGUUCUCAUCCAGCCCUAAGAGCAGCAUCGCAUCAUGUUUCCAGUUCACCACGGACUUCCGUGUCAAGUAGUGCUCAUAUUCUCAGUAGUGGCUCGCCCCAUUCAGUUCACUCUACCCACCACCUUCCAUCUGUCUUACCAGGAGUUCCAUCGGGGCCUUUGGUGUGUGGGCAUUUAGAUUCUGUGCAUGUAAGAAAUUUAAAUCCCUUAACACUGGCUCACCAUCAGCAGUUUUUACAGCAACAGUCAUCUCCGCUCCUUGGCCAGACCCAUCCAUCUGCUUAUAACCAACUUGGACUCUAUCCAAUAAUCUGGCAGUAUCCAAAUGGCACUCAGUUGUCUCCAGGGUUGAGUAUGACCUCAUCUAAGUGGGUCCACCCUGAUAACCCUCUGAGUGCUGAAGCUUCUUUGAGGAGGAAUACAUCCAGUCCUUGGCUACCUCAGCACACCAGUGUGUCCUCAGCUGACAGUCUGGGAUUACUAAGCCACAUCCCGGUGCGCCCUGCCAGUGCUGAACCUCAUCGACCCUUGAAAUUGGCUUCACAUUCUAGUCCACCUCUGUCAAAGGCAACUGUAGUUUAUAAGAAAGAAGAAAUUGACAAGAAAAAUGUAGUUAAUGCCAAACAUUCUGUCACUGCUGCUCAAACGAAGCUUGAAUUUAACCAUGAUAGACUUUCACAUGGACGAGAAAGUCAGCUGGCUAGAGGGUUUACAAGCACUGCCUUUUGUCAGAAUAAGGAGAAGAGAUCAGCACAGGAACCAAGUGACAGUCACAAUAAAUAUAAUGAAGAGAGACGGCGGAUUCUGCAGGAGAGUAUUGAAGUCGCUCGUUUUGCUUCUACAAUCAAGACAAAUGAAGUUGUUAAAGAUUCCUAUUCCAGAAUACCAUCUUUGCCUACUGAUGGUCCAAAAUCUCAGAACAUAAAACAAGGUGGAGAAAUGGAGCAUUGUGCAAGAGAACUUUAUACAUCAAAGAAUUCACUAGCACAUUCUAUGCCUCAGAGCAACUAUUUUACUACUUUGUCGAAUAGUGUUGUAAAUGAGCCUCCAAGGCUAUAUCUGUCUAAAGACAUAAUACAUCCAUAUGCUGAGAAAACAAAUUCUUCAACACCUAUUCUUUCGUAUAAUAAGACUCUGUCCAAACCACCACCUCUUAUUAAACAUCAGCCUGAGUGUGAGGGUUUAGUUGGCAAAAUUACAGAGCAAUUUUCCCACCAAAUUACAUCUCAGCCUCAGAGCACAAAUAAUAACGAUCAUGGGAGAACCAGAGAACAAUUAGCAAUUUCACAGUCAAACCCUCUGAAAAGUAUGCCAUCUUUACAUAGGGCUCCAGUUUACCAUCCUCCAUCUCAUCCCAUUAUAGAACGCAAAGAAGGUAAUUAUCGCAACCUAUCCCCACCAACCCUGACUCCAGUACAACCUGUGAAUGCUGCUAAGAUUUCUGAUCUCCAGAAACCUCCAACUUUACUCCCAGAACCAAGGAUUGAUGGGAAAAUUUGUAUUCAUAAUCCUGUAGUUUCCUCACUAGAUGUCUGGAAAACUGGUGUUGGAAACCUUGGUAAAUCAGUUUGUCACUUAGAGAAAAGCGGCAACAAAGUUGCUCCAGCAUCUGUUAUUGUAAGACCAUCUUCCAUUGCCAAGCAAGAACAUAAAGGCAAUAUUCAAAACAACUUAAAGAACUCUGGAAGAGGAAGUGUAUUGAUGCAAUCAAAUCUAAUAGAGGACCUAAACUCAUCAAAAGUCAAAGACAAAUGGAGAAUCAAUGUACCUGACAUGAACUUGGACACUACAGGUGCAGAGCAUGAGAAAAACUUUAAAGCUUCAUGUUCAGACAACGGCACAAAAUCUGUUGUUGAAAGCAACUCAUGCAAUAGCAUGAUCAACCCCAUAGCUCCUGCCACAGCAAGUAAAAUUUUGAGUAGCAGUGAAACAAGUAUAACCUAUUGUUCCUCUUACAUCACAAUCACUAACAGUAUAGAAGGGCAAAUUAUUCCCAAAACUUCAAAUCAUUUCGGAACAGGGACACAGGAAUGUAAAAUUAAUACCACAUCCGCUGUAGUUUUCUCAACAGCUGCUGCCAGAACAGGAAACACUACACAGAAUAACACAGGAGCCUCAAGUACAACUGAUUAUUACCAGCUGAAAAAGCAUAAGGCAGCAUUGGCUAUGGCCCAUUCGGCGAGUACUACUGCUAAUAACAACGAGUCAACAAGCCUUAAAAGUGUAAGAAGUGCUUCAUCUCUCUCUCCUAAUAAUACUGGAAUAAUAGAUGUGUCUUAUAAAACAAGUUCUGUAACCAAUGGCCAGAUUGCUCAAUCCAGCCAACCUGGUUAUCACACAAAACUUAAAAAAGCCUGGUUGACUAGACACUCUGAAGAAGACAAAAAUACAAGUAAAGUGGAAAAUACCGAAACCGCAGGAAAAGAUGCCAAAAAGCUAGUUUUGGUUAAUCCAUCAACUUCCAUAUCAAAUGAUGUUGACAAAACAGGUCAAUCUGAGGAAGAAAAAACUGAGCAGGAAGGGCGAAAAACAAGAAGAGGAAUAAAAAGAAUAUAUGAAUCUGGAUCUGAAAGUGAUGUUUCAGAUGAAAGUGAGAAUAAAUCUGAGCAUAGGGUCAAGCGUCAACCUAAGCCAACUUAUAAAAAGAGGCAAAAUGACUUGCAAAAGCGAAAAGCUGAUACUGAGAGAGAAGAGGAAGAAGUCAAACCUAAUGGUACUUUAUACAGAAUUACAAAAGAAAAGGAGAAGAAUAAAAUUAAACUUCAGAGUGAUGGUUUACCACGGUCAGUGUUGAAGGAUUGGCGGAAAGUUAAGAAACUUAAACAAACUGGAGAACCUUUUCUGCAAGAUGGCUCAUGCUCUGAGAUAGCACCAAAUCUUCAAAAGUGUAGAGAAUGUCGUAUGGUACGUUACAGGAAAAAUGAGGAGUUCAGUCAGUCAGCAGUAUUCUGCAGAUUCUACUAUUUCCGUCGACUGGCAUUCAGUAAGAAUGCAGUAUUAAGGAUAGAUGGAUUUUCAACUCCAGAUCAGUAUGAUGAUGAAGCAGUAAACCUGUGGUUACCCAGUGAUUCCAUGGAUUUGGACAUAGAAUCUUCCAAAUACAUUUUGAGAAAUAUUGACGAUACAUUUUAUCAAAUAGAAACAUCUGAGAAGACUGCUAUGAGUUGGCUUAAACACGAUGCCAAAAUAGCCUGGAAGAGAGCAGUAAAAGGAGUUCAGGAAAUGUGUGAUGCAUGUGAAGCCACAUUGUUUAACAUCCAUUGGGUUUGCCAGAAAUGUGGAUUUGUGGUCUGUUUGGACUGCUAUGAAGCAAGGGGAAGAAGGGGUUCUAAAGUUGAUAAGGAACCCUAUGUCUGGUUGAAGUGUGUCAAAGGCCAAGUUCAUGAUACAAAGAACCUGAUGCCCACGCAGAUUAUUCCAAGCACUGUCUUAACAGAUAUUGGAGACAUGAUGCGUUCUUUUGAAGCUAGCUGGGGAAUUGUUCCACAUGAUCCCUCUACUAGUGAACAAAAUGUACAACUUGCCAAACUCUGCACAGCUAAUGGGAUCUCACAGGGUGUCCUAAAUCAGAAUACCAUUAUCUCAGUGGCUAAACAGCCCUCUGCAAGUGAAAAUCCAAAGACCAAUGGCAGCUCCACCAGCCCUCAGAACAACAUCACUACUGAAAAAACCAAAGAACUACCUGUGUCCAAGGCAGUGAAGAUUAAAUUAAACCAGCUUGAUAAAACAGAAGAUUGCAAAACUACUGCUGUGUGUUUCAGUAAUGAACAUGGCUCAACUCUACGAGAUUUGCUUACCUCAACAGCUGGAAAAUUACAGUUUGGCUCAACUGAUGCUGGCAUUGCCUUUGCCCCAGUCUUCUCUGCAGGAACCCCUACUGGGAGAGGAGCAAGAAGCAUGCCAAACCUCUUGGAUGACAUAAUUGCAUCAGUAGUGGAAAAUAAGAUUCCAGCAAGUAAAUCAGUGAAAUUAUGUGGAAAAGAAGAAACAAAGCAGAAUUUACAAGAAACCAAAAAACUUAACACAGAAACAAUCAGCAAAAAUCAUUCUGAAGUACCACAUUCUUGGCUUUGUGAUGGGUUUUUACUCUGGCUCCAAGAUCCUAGAAAUCCUAACAAUUGGAAGAUAUUCAGGGAAUGCUGGAGACGCGACCAGCCUGUACUUGUAUCUGGUGUGCACAAAAAACUAAAUUCUAACAUUUGGAAACCUGAAAGCUUUUGUGAGGAAUUUGGAGACCAGAAGGUUGACCUAGUUAACUGCAAAGAUGGCAGUAUAAUCUCUAACACAAAAAUUCAAGACUUCUGGGAUGGUUUUGAAGAUAUAACAAAACGAAUCAAAUCUAAAAAUGGGGAAUCCAUGUUACUGAAGAUGAAGGAUUGGCCCUCUGGUGAUGAUUUCAGAACUGUGAUGCCUUCCAGGUUUGAUGAUCUUAUGAAAAAUUUGCCACUACCAGAGUAUUGUGAUCCAGAAGGAAAUCUGAACUUGGCAUCCCGAAUCCCAAGUUUCUUUGUACGACCAGAUUUGGGGCCAAAACUAUAUGGUGCUUAUGGGCAAUCAACCAUUAAGGAACAUGGAACGACCAAUCUCCACCUAGACAUUGCUGAUGUAAUCAAUGUGCUUGUUUAUGUUGGUGUGCCAAAAGGAAAUGGGAACAAUCACAGAGCAGCUAUCUUGAAAAAAAUUGAGGAAGAUGAAAUUGAUGACACCACAAAGAAACGAUUGAAGGAUGGGGACGAGCUUCCAGGUGCUUUGUGGCAUAUCUUUUCAGCCAAAGAUACCCACAAAAUUAAGGAAUUUCUACAAAAGACUCAUGAGGAUCAGGGUCAAGAAUCGCCCGACCAUGAUCCGAUCCGGGAUCAGACCUGUUACCUAAAUAAGAAACUGCGCCGAAGACUCUAUGAAGAAAGUGGAAUACGCAGCUGGUCCAUCUUCCAGUUCUUGGGUGAUGCAGUCUUAAUACCAGCAGGAGCACUUCGUCAGAUGCAAAGUAUUCACAGUUGCAUUCAGGUCUCUGAAGACUUUGUAUCACCAGAGCAUUCGAUGCAAUCUUUCCAUCUCUCACAGGAACUGAGGCACCAGUCAAAACAUGAGCUAAACUAUGAGGAUAAACUGCAGGUAAAAAACAUAAUAUACCAUUCAGUUAAAGAUGCUGUGGGAACCCUGAGAACGCAAGAAGAAAAGAUGUUGAAUACAUCACAGAAUGCUUAAUGUUUUUUGUAGUUUUCUGACUUUAUAUGAUCCUUUGUUUUAAAAAGAUACAUCAGCAGUGCCAAGCAAAUUUGUUUUUGUGGUUAACAACCAUGUUGUGGCUACUGUAACAAAUUGGCCAAUGCGUCAAAAUUAAUAUACAGGAAACUAGCACUGUGCUGUUCCAUGUAUUAUAUUGUACAUUUUUUUAAAAAAUGAAAAUGUAUUUAUUUUUGGACAAAGUGUUACAGAAUUUUAUGCUGUAUUGUAGAUCUAAUGUAAACAUGAUUUGUACAGUUUUAGUUUGCUAAAAUGGAUAUUUUUCACUACAUUGAGACAGUUACUGUGAGAAGGCAGAUGCGAUUAUUAGCUAUGCCUAAUUUUUUUAAUUGCUGAAUCGCACAGCUAUCCAUGUCAUAUCUUAAAAUACUGCCAAAUAAGAUACGUUCUGAAGUUCUUUACAAUAUAAAUUGACUGGAUACGUAUACUACACACAUCAGCCUUUUUUAAGUAUUCAUUGUAAAAUUAAAGCAAUUACAGAGCUGUAAUUUAUUCAAAAAGUUGUCUUGUUAGAUUUGUUAUGGUGAACUUUUGCAAGCAAAAUGACUUAUUACCAAGAAAGUUGAUAUUCUGUGUAAAUACAUAUAAAUAUAUACAUUCAAUUAUGUAUUUUUUUAAAACAUAGCUUGCUUCAGUUUGUUCAAGUACGAGUGUUACAUGC